AUGUCGGUUAUCGCACAUGUCGACCACGGCAAGUCCACACUUACCGACUCCUUGGUAUCUAAAGCUGGUAUUAUUUCUUCGGCAAAAGCUGGUGAAGCACGGUUUACUGAUACUCGUCAGGACGAACAAGAUCGAUGUAUUACAAUCAAAUCGACGGCUAUUUCAAUGUAUUUUGAAUUGAAUAAGGAUGAUCUCGGGGAUGUAAAACAAAAAACCGAGGGUAAUGAAUUCUUGAUCAAUUUGAUCGAUUCCCCCGGCCACGUUGAUUUCUCUUCGGAAGUUACUGCUGCCCUCCGUGUCACCGAUGGUGCUCUGGUUGUUGUAGAUUGUGUUGAGGGUGUGUGCGUACAAACAGAAACUGUUUUACGUCAGGCUCUUACAGAACGUAUCAAACCAGUAGUUAUUAUUAACAAGGUCGAUCGUGCCUUGUUGGAAUUACAACUUACAAAAGAAGACUUAUAUACAUCGUUCCAACGCACUGUCGAAUCUGUGAAUGUCAUUGUCUCAACAUAUUUUGACAGAUCUCUUGGUGAAAUUCAAGUUUACCCAGAAAAGGGUACUGUUGCUUUCGGUUCUGGCCUUCACGGCUGGGGUUUCACCCUACGUCAAUUUGCUCAACGUUACUCCAAAAAAUUUGGUGUUGAUCAAGAUAAAAUGAUGCAAAAACUUUGGGGUGAAAACUAUUUUAAUCCUGCUACAAAGAAAUGGUCUACGAAACCAAAUACACCUGAAGGCAAACCUCUUGAACGUGCAUUCUGCAUGUUCGUCUUGGAACCCAUCUUUAAAUUGUUUGAUGCUAUCAUGAAUUUCAAAAAAGAUGAGGCUAAUAAAAUGAUAGAAAAACUGGAAAUCAAGCUUACUUCAGAAGAAAGAGAAAAAGAAGGCAAAGCUCUCUUAAAGAUUGUCAUGCGCAAGUUCUUACCUGCCGCAGAAGCUUUACUAGAAAUGAUAGUUAUUCAUCUUCCAUCACCUGUUACUGCUCAAAAAUAUCGUGCUGAAAUGUUAUACGAAGGUCCUGCUGAUGAUGAAUGUGCUAUCGGUAUCCGUGAUUGUGAUCCUAAUGCACCUCUUAUGUUGUACGUCUCUAAAAUGGUACCGACUUCAGAUAAAGGCCGUUUCUACGCUUUCGGUCGUGUGUUUUCUGGAACUGUUCGGUCUGGUCUUAAAGUCCGUAUUCAAGGUCCUAACUAUCAACCUGGAAAAAAGGAAGAUUUGUUUGUAAAGUCCAUCCAACGCACUAUUCUCAUGAUGGGUCGUUAUGUUGAACCUAUUGAAGAUUGUCCUGCCGGCAAUAUUGUUGGUCUUGUUGGUGUUGACCAAUAUUUACUUAAAUCCGGAACAAUCACCACCUCCGAUACUGCGCAUAACUUAAAGGUUAUGAAAUUCUCAGUUUCACCUGUCGUACAAGUCGCUGUUGAUGUGAAGAACGCAAAUGAUUUACCAAAACUAGUAGAAGGAUUGAAGCGUCUUUCAAAAUCUGAUCCUUGCGUCCAAUGUUAUACUGCUGAAACUGGUGAACACAUUGUAGCCGGAGCUGGUGAAUUACAUUUGGAAAUUUGCUUAAAGGACUUGGAAGAAGAUCAUGCCCAAAUUCCAAUAAAAACCGGUGAUCCUGUAGUAUCAUACCGUGAAACUGUUCAAGCCGAAUCAUCCAUUACUGCACUAUCUAAAUCACCUAAUAAACACAAUCGUCUAUAUAUGAAAGCUUUCCCAAUGGAUGAAGAACUUGCCGCUAAUAUUGAAUCUGGAAAGAUUACACCACGUGAUGAUUUCAAAGCACGUGCUCGUGUUCUUGCUGAAGAAUAUGGUUGGGAUGUAACUGAUGCUCGUAAGAUUUGGUGUUUCGGUCCAGAAUCCGUUGGAGCAAACUUAUUAGUGGAUGUAACCAAAGGUGUUCAAUAUCUUAAUGAAAUUAAGGAUUCUUGUAUCGCUGCCUUCCAAUGGGCCACAAAAGAAGGCGUUUGUGCAGAAGAAAAUAUGCGUUCUUGUCGUUUCAAUGUUAUGGAUGUGGUGUUACAUGCUGACGCUAUUCAUCGUGGUGGUGGUCAAAUCAUCCCUACAUGUCGUCGUGUAAUUUAUGCAUCAUAUUUGACAGCAAAUCCUGGUCUUCUGGAACCAGUCUAUCUUGUUGAAAUUCAAUGCCCGGAACAAGCUAUGGGUGGUAUUUAUGGUGUAUUGAACAGACGUCGUGGUAAUGUCUUUGCUGAAGAGCAGCGACCUGGUACUCCACUAUACAACGUCAAGGCUUAUUUACCUGCAACUGACCUACGAUCAAAUACUGGUGGUCAAGCAUUCCCUCAAUGGCAAUUAAUGAAUGGAACACCGUUAGAACCUGGAAAAGUUUGUGAUAUCGUAAAAUCAGUAAGGAAAAGGAAAGGUCUUAACGAAGAAAUUCCGUCUCUCGACAAAUUUUUGGAUAAAUUGUAA